AUGGCAGGUCCGUUGAUGAUCCGAAUGGUAGAGCUGCAGGAGUUGAAAUGGACGAAUCGGGUGCAGUAUGCCAAAGAAAGGUUGGCAAUGCAUGUUGGCCAUCAAUACAGAAAUGACAACAUGAAUGGGGAUGUUCAGCAAAGGGUGAACACUACGGAAGAGGGGCAGAAAGGAGAAAAGGACUGCCAAAACAAAGAGAACAAGAGGGAUCCGACCAAAAAGGUAAUUGACAAGGACGAUGUGGAAGAGAAUGUCAAUGGUGUCAACAUUGUAGGCACUCCUCAAGAGGAACGGACAAGAGAAUUGUAG